GCUGAUUUACUGUAAUCUCUACGGAUUGAGCCGGGGGAGAGGUGGGAGAGAAAGCAGAGGAAAAAACGAUUCUAUGGAUACGCAAUUUGGAUAAACGUUCAGUUCUUUGCAAGUUUAGCCCCUGCUUUACCGGCUAAUUUGCGCCUGGACAGAAUUUGCCGAUUUUAAAUAAAUCCAUUCGGUUAUCUGGAAAACUUUGAUUCAUUAUUUAGCUAGCUAACCAGCUAACGUUACUUCUGGUGGAGGUAAACAUGGAUGACUGGGAAACAGUUUCUUUGUGGAUUGAGGAUGGCCUCUGAAUAAACAUCGGACAACAUUUCAGCGCGGAUCGCUGGCCAGUCUAUUUAACUCAACGCAGCGUACACAAGUUCACCGGCUGUUACUGCAGCAGAGGAGAUGAGCAGGCUGUGGAGGCGUGACGUGCCCCUGUCAGAGCGGCUGGGGAACGACUCUCCUGCAGGGAUGGCCCCGGGACCCCCGGCCACCGCCGCCCCCACCGGCCCCAACAUCUCCUGGCUGCCGGAGGCCCCCCUGCUGACCCCCGAGCAGCCCAUCUUCCUCAUGACCACCGCCGCCCAGGCCAUAUCCGGCUUCUUUGUCUGGACCGCCUUGCUGCUCACCUGCCACCAGAUCUACAUGCACCUGCGGUACUACAGCUCUCCAAACGAGCAGAGACACAUCGUGCGCAUACUCUUCAUCGUCCCCAUCUACGCCUUCGACUCCUGGCUCAGCCUGCUCUUCUUCACCAACGAGGAGUACUACGUCUACUUCGACACGGUCCGAGACUGCUACGAGGCAUUUGUGAUCUACAACUUCCUCAGCCUGUGCUACGAGUACCUGGGAGGGGAGAGCGCCAUCAUGUCUGAGAUCAGAGGAAAGCCAAUAGAGUCCAGCUGCAUGUACGGCACGUGUUGCCUCUGGGGAAAGACUUAUUCCAUCGGCUUCCUCCGGUUCUGUAAACAGGCCACCCUGCAGUUCUGUGUGGUGAAACCCCUGAUGGCCAUGAUCACUGUCAUCCUGCAGGCUUUCGGAAAAUACAGGGAUGGAGACUUCAACGUGGCCAGUGGCUACCUGUACGUCACCAUCAUAUACAACAUCUCGGUCAGCCUGUCGCUCUACGCCCUCUUCCUCUUCUACUUCGCCACCCGCGAGCUGCUCGUCCCCUACAGCCCCGUGCUCAAGUUCUUCAUGGUCAAGUCCGUCAUCUUCCUCUCCUUCUGGCAGGGCAUGCUGCUGGCCAUCCUGGAGAAGUGUGGGGCCAUCCCCCAGAUCAGCUCGGCCGAGGUGUCGGUGGGCGAGGGCACGGUUGCCGCCGGCUACCAGAACUUCAUCAUCUGCGUGGAGAUGUUCUUCGCCGCUCUCGCCCUGCGCCACGCCUUCACCUACAAGGUCUACAUGGACAAGAGGCUGGACUCCCAGGGACCAGUCCCCAUCUAUGGACAGUACGGCCGCUGCGCCCCCAUGAAGAGCAUCUCCAGCAGCCUGAAGGAGACCAUGAACCCGGGGGACAUGGUGCAGGACGCCAUCCACAACUUCUCCCCGGCCUACCAGCAGUACACGCAGCAGUCCACCCUGGAGCAGCGGGGGGGCGCCGCCCUGUCCCGCAGCCACAGCAACGCCAGCACCCGCGACAACGAGAAGACCCUGCUGCUCAGCUCCGACGACGAGUUCUGAGGCGCGACCCCGGCUCCCUCGCACCGCCCUCCCCCCACCUACCACUGCCCCCCCCUCGGAACGGGGCGUCCCCCAGAGGGACAGCUGUGGCACCACGAAAGGCACCCCCAAAACACGACACGGCUGGUGGACACAUUGCAGCACAGGACCGCGGGGCAGGCGCAGUGUAAACACUGUGUCUGUGGCACAGUCACUCACACACUCGCUCUGACUUACAGGAGGCGGUACUGUGCUGUGAUGAAAUUCUGCGCGCGCACACACACACAC